AUGUCUGUUGUUGGAAUCGAUCUCGGCUCUGCAACGACCGUCAUUGCAGUGGCCCGCAAUCGCGGUAUCGAUGUCAUCACAAACGAAGUCUCUAACCGCGCUACACCGACACUCGUAGGCUUCGGCCCAAAGGCAAGGACACUCGGAGAGCCAGCCAAGACGAACGAGAUUUCAAACUUCAGGAACACAGUUGGGAGCUUGAAACGUAUCAUUGGUAGACGGUUUGAUGACCCAGAGAUCCAGGAAAUUGAGAGCAAAUACAUCUCAUCUGAGCUGAUUGACAUUGACGGUGGUGUCGGUGUCAAGGUCAACUACCUGGGCGAGGAGAGCAUCUUUUCUUCUGUUCAACUGACUGCCGCAUUCUUGACCAAGAUCAAGGAGACUGCCACGGCUGAGCUUAAGAUGCCAUGCUCAGAUGUGGUCAUCUCUGUACCAGGAUGGUUUACCGAUGUGCAGCGUAAAGCAGUGCUUGAUGCAGCAGAUAUUGCUGGCCUUCACGCUCUGCGUCUCAUGAACGACACAACCGCGUCAGCACUCGGCUACGGAAUCACCAAGACUGAUUUGCCUGAAGACAAGCCUCGGUACCUCGCCAUUUGCGACAUUGGUCACUCCAACUACUCCGUUGCCAUCGUUGCCUACAAGAAAGGACAACUCAACGUCAAGUCGACCGCAUACGACCGUCACUUUGGUGGACGUGACUUUGAUCGUGCCCUUGUGGACCACUUUGCAAAAGAAUUCUCCGCCAAGUACAAGCUCGACCUGCAGUCCAACCCAAAGGCCAUGUUCCGAUUGACUGCUGCUGUUGAAAAGAUGAAGAAGAUUCUGUCUGCCAAUUUGCAGGCGCCCAUCUCUGUUGAGAGCAUCAUGAAUGACGUGGAUGUUUCAGCAAUGAUGAAGCGUGACGAACUCGAGGCACUCGUACAACCCCUUCUUGACCGCGCUACAGAGCCUCUCGAGCGUGCUCUUGCUGAUGCUGGUUUGACAAUUGAGGAUAUCGAGGCUGUUGAGAUGGUUGGUGGAUGCACGCGUGUCCCUGCCGUCAAGGAACGCAUCGCUGCCUUCUUUGGCAAGACUCUUUCCUUCACACUCAACCAGGACGAGGCUGUUGCGCGUGGUUGUGCAUUUGGUUGCGCCAUCCUCUCUCCUGUUUUGCGUGUGCGCGACUUUGCCGUGCACGACUUGACUCCCUAUGGUAUUGAAUUCUCAUGGGACAAAUCGCCAGAAAUCAAGGAUGAAGACCCAGAACUGCUUGUCUUCAACAAGAACAAUGUCGUUCCUUGCACCAAGAUUAUGACAUUCUACCGAAAGGAGGACUUUACCCUCACGGCGAAAUACGCUGAUGCAAGUGCAUUGCCUGGCAAGACACAGCCGUGGAUUGGCACCUACACCAUCAAGGGUGUCAAGCCCAACAGCGAAGGUGACUUCAGCAUCGUCAAGGUCAAGUCUCGUUUGGACUUGCACGGUACAUUGAUUGUGCAGGAAGCGUAUGUUGUUGCUGAGAAGGAGGUCGAGGAGCUUAUUCCUGAGUCUGAGUUGCCACCUGUUGAGGAGAAGCCCAAGUCGGCUGACUCUGAGAUGCCGGAUGCAGAUGCAGAUGCAGAGGUGGAAGAGCCCCCUAAGCCCAAGACACGUCUUGUGAAGAAGAUGUUGCGCACAGAUGAUAAGCUUACUGUUGUCUCUGCCUCUGGUUCAUUGGACGCACAAACCAAAGCACGUUUCCAGGAGCAAGAAGUGCAAAUGACCAUGACUGACAGGAUCGUGCUUGAGACAGAAGACCGCAAGAAUGCACUUGAGGAGCACAUUUACUCUGUCCGCAGCAAGCUCGAAGACGAAUGGGCACCUUUCGCAAGUGAGCAAGAGAAGGAGAAGCUCAACAAGGCGCUCAUGGAGGUUGAGGACUGGCUCUACGAUGAGGGUGAAGAUGCCAAGAAGGCCAAGUAUGUCGCAAAGCUUGAGGACUUGCAGCGUUUGGCUGGUCCCAUCCGUGGUCGCUACUUUGAGGAGGAAAACAAGAGGAUCGAGGCGGAGCGGGCGGCUAGAGAGCUGGCCGACAAGAAAAUUGGCAAGAAGUCACAGGGCGAGGAGCGUCCCGCGGUACCUACUGCUGAGCAGGUCAACGUUGAGACCAAGAAGGUCGAGCUCGAGGCAAAGGAUUAUGACUUGAAGGAUGCAGAGAACAUUUAG